AUGGCUACCGCCUUUGAUUCGAUGUAUCUCCCGGGAGGCGAUUUCAGCGCCUCCCACGACGACUUCUUGGACCUCGAGCCCACCUUCCAGUCCAAUCACUUCACCACCGUCAACUCUGGAGUGACGGAUGGCACUAUUUCACCCACCGACUUGUUCAAGGACGACGCAAUGAUCAUGUCGGCCCCGCCAUCCGCCGCUUUUCCUAACUUGAGCACUCCGGACUCGAGCUUCUUGGAGUCUCCUGCUAUGGCUAGCAGUGGUCUGAAUACAUCCCCACUGGAAGAUGGGGAACUCGAUGCCACUUUGAACUUCGCCGAACUCGACGGCAUGAUGCCACUCUUUCCUCCGAACGGCAUGGAUCAGUUCGCCUGCCAGCCUAUGGCUCCCGAACUUUUCCCCAAGUCAGCCUCCAGCGCUGUGAUGUCUCGGACGGCUUCCGCAGCGCCAGAGACUGGUAUGGUACGACAGAAGUCCUCACCUGGACGACCGCCGUCUCAGCCAUACCAUACGCGCAAGCGCUCGGAAACGCACGGUGUCUCCAAAGCAUCCAAGCCCCGCAAGAACUUGCCUGAAAUCAAAAUCGACAGUGAUGAUGACAAGGAGACAGCUAAGAGGAAGAAGAACACUGCCGCCGCCCGAAAGUCUCGUCAGCGGAAGCAAGAACACGCCGAGGCGGCCGAAGCUGAGAUUCAACGUCUCAGGGCCAUUGUUUACCGUCUCGGAGGUGACCCUGACGCGGAGAAUCAAUGA